CUCAGUUUUAGCGCAAAUGAUGACGAGAUGCGACUGGAGAAAAACUCCAUCUUUCAACUGGAAUUUGUUGGUGGCAAAGGCCUGACCAUCCCCAAUUCGGCUUCUGCGAACACACCCUCAGCGGACUACCCUGUGGCCUUUUCAUUCGACGAGGACGACUAUCCGAUGGACGACGACUGCCUGCCUACCGGUCUCUGGCGUCUGCGCGGACAAGAGGACAAAGUCUGGCAGUUUCCACGCAAUGGUCCUGCCCAGAUGGCCCUGGAAAAGGAACGCGGCACCACCUUUGAGAUACUCUUCCUCGCCUCCUGUCAGGAGACCUCAGAAAGUGGUCGCAAUCAGCUGAAUAACCGUGGUGGUAUCGUUCUGCGCAGUCUUGACGGUAUGGCGGUGGGAGCUAAGACGCUGGGGUGCAUAUCGACGGCCGAAAACCACCGCAUAACGGAAUCUUACCGACCCACAGAGUCCGAGGUCUUCCAUCUCAUUCCAUUCCUGAACAGGCCCUCAAUAGCUCUGUACUCCGCGCUCGCUUUUGGCUUCCUCGGUCCCAGCGCCUCCAGACGCGGAGAUGAGCUGUCGCUGGAUUGUGCAAAUGCCAUCGCGGAGGAGUGGUUCAUCCGUCGACUGCACUCUGGGGCCUGCCGACUAUAUUCCCAAAUGACACCAAAACAUGCAGCAGGAUUCAACGCCCUGACCGUCGACCCUGCCAACAUUGCGAUCAGGAUUCAAUCGGUUCUGUAG